UUGAAAUGGGAAACACGAUUUGUAUCUGGCUGCAGCAAAGAGGCUCGGCGUAGGCUGCGGGCUGCAGAGCGAGGGGCUGCUUGCGUGUGCCGUAGUGUGCGUGUGAGUGCAGAACGUGUGAGUGUACAAUGUGUGUGUGUGGGGGGGGUACAGCGUGUGCGGCUGUGAAGCUAUCGGGCGUGUGUGGGGAGGCACAGCGUGUGCGGGGGUACGGCGUGUGAGGGUUCCGGGCGUGCGUGCGGGGGUACAGCGUGUGCGGCUGUGAGGACGGCGUGCGUGCGUGCGGGGCACAGGGCGCGAGUGCGGGGGUGCGAGCGGGUGCGUGUUUGUGUCUCUCGCCCUCGCCGGCAGGCAGGAGGAGCGGCGGGCCAAUCGCAGGGCCCGGUUUCAUAAAAGCUGGGCGCUGAUUGGCCGGCAGGGAAAGGGCAUCGCGAACAAAGAAAAGUCCCUCUCAGGUACCGCGCGGAGCGAGGCUCCCACUCCCCCGCCUCGGCCGCUGCCGUGGGGGCAGCGCCCCUGUCCCCUGUGCCUGUGUGUCAGCCUGUGAGGGGACAGACACACAUGCCGGGUUUGCCUUCUCUGCCCAGUUCUUAUUUUUAUUUUAUUUUGGUUUCUUUUUUUUUUUUCUUUCUUUUUGUCGUUGUUUUAUUUCUAGAAAGAAAGGAAGGUUCAUGAUACCUGGUGCUCUCUUCUCCAAACACAAUAAAUCUGUUGAAGACAUUAGAAUUUUUUUUCCUAAAAUAAAAAGCGGCUGCAACAAAAACACACUCAAUGCAGUUAGAAGGAAAAGGUCAACUCGAUCCAAUACAGACCGACAACGUGGAUGUGGACUGCAGGUUGUGAGCCUAGACACACCUAGGGGAGGAAGACAAGAAGAGUUGAACUUAAGAGAGAGCCCAACGGAGAUAAACGAAUGUCCCCACAUCUCCAAAGGAAAGUUCAUCGGAUUUUUACUCUAGAGAUCUCAUCUUCAGGAUGUCAUUGAACACUUCCACUGCAGGAAAAGGUGUGGAUCCAAACGCAGUUGACACUUAUGACAGUGGCGAUGAUUGGGAAAUCGGCGUCGGGAAUUUAAUAAUUGAUUUGGAUGCCGAUUUAGAGAAGGACAGACAGAAAUUUGAGAUGAAUAAUUCUAAUACCACCAGCAGCAGCAACACCAGCUCCAAGGAUUGCGGGGGUCUGGCUUCCAGUGGGGCUAAUGCUACCUCAGCCUUAGCUGAUGGCCUAAAAUUCGCUUCUGUUCAACCCUCUGCUCCCCAGGGGAAUUCCUCUCACAAAGAGACUAGCAAAUCAAAAGUGAAAAGGAGUAAAACUUCUAAGGAUGCUAAUAAAUCUCUGCCUUCUGCUGCCUUGUAUGGGAUUCCUGAGAUCAGCAGUGCUGGCAAAAGGCAGGAAGUCCAAGGGCGCCCUGGAGAGGCAACUGGCAUGAAUUCAGCACUGGGUCAAAGUGUGAGCAGUAACCCAAACGGCAAUAAUAACAACACCAGCAACACUACCACCGUGUCCUCUUGUGGGAAAAACAAAGAGGAAAAACCAGGUAAAGCCCCAGGCAGCAGAGGCUCCAAGAGGGAUAAGGAUGCUGGAAAAUCCAGGAAGGACAAGCAACAUGAUCUGCAGCAGGGCCACCCCAAUGGCAGUGGGGGUGGCAAUAGCCAAAUUCCCUCUGGGCAUCUCUAUGGCUUCGGGGCCAAGGGAGGCAGUGGUGGAAGCAGCAGCCCCUUCCACUGCACCUCCUCUGCUGUGGGGGAGGUGAGCAAAAGUACCCCGGAUUCAGGGUUAAUGGGGAACUCUGUUUUGGUAAAGAAGGAAGAGGAGGAGGAGGAGAGCCACAGGCGAAUCAAGAAAUUGAAAACAGAAAAGGUAGGACAAAGCUCCUCUCCACCUCCUCUGUGUUUCCCCAUGUCUAUAUUAAGUGUCCCAUGAGUGUCCCAUGACUGUAUGUCUGGCUCCU